UUUCUGUAAAAAAAAUCUCUUAGUUUUAAAACUAGUCAGUGACGCCAUCUUUUUGGGAGAUAUUUGGAAAAGUUGUAAUAUAAUGGAAAAGCCUGAAGUCGACAAGGGCAGUAGCCCAGAAGAAGCAACUCAUCUUAAUAGAAAUAGGAGCUUCAAAUCAAAACAACUAGUUCGGAGUCACGCAAUACGCGAGUCUACCUCUCCCCCUCGCACGAUCUCCCCCGCAGUCGUCACAGACGAUAGCAUUAACAAAGUUACUACCAAUAACGUUGAUACCGUUAAGAAUAACGAAACGAGGAAUAACGAUAACGACGCGUCUAGUCAUGCAAGUGAUGAUAGAUGUAGUGAUGCGAAUAGCUGUAGUGUCAGUGAAGAAGAUUUCAAAAGGAAACAACCAGUUGAAAUACAGAUCACUUCCGGUGGCUGGGAUAUGGAGUCUCAAGACCAACGACAACGCACAAAACGGUGGCUGGGUCACCAACAGCAUUCACGCGAUUUGCUGUCCAACAACCCGCGCGUCGCAUGUGUUUGCGGCGCUUGCAAUGCCUGUCCGCACUGCAG